AUGCCACCACAAUCAUCGGCGGCGGCGCGCUCGCCGCUCCUCACCCUCGCCGCCGCCUUUCUCGCCUGGAAGGCUCUUAUCCUGCUCCUCGCCUACGGCGCGCUCGUAGGCUCCGACUACGACACGUCCACGGCGCUGCUGCUGCCGUCCUCGCGCGCCACCUCCCUCGCGCGCCGCCUGACGCGCUGGGACGCCGUCUACUUUGUGCACGGCGCGCGCGACGGGCACGUCUACGAGCAGGAGUGGGCGUUUAGCCCCGCGCUCGCGCUGGUUCUGCGCUGGCUGGCGGCGCUCGGCGGCAGCGGCAGCGGGGGUGGUGGUGAGCCUGAGGCGCUCGCCGCCAUCGCCCUCGCGCACGCCUCCCACGGCGUCGCCGUGGGAGCGCUGCACCGCCUCACCCUGCUCCUUAGCGGCGGCCCGCGUCUCGCGCUCCUUACCGCGCUACUAUGCGUCGUCUCCCCCGCCGGCGUCUUCCUGUCCGCGCCGUACGCCGAGGCCCCGUUUAGCGCCCUCUCGUUUGUCGGCGUGUACUUGCUCGCGGCCGGGUACACGCAUCGUCGCGGGUCCGCGCCCCGCGCCGUGGCCGUCGUCGCUGCGGGAGCGGUGCUCGGCCUCGCCACGGCCGUGCGCACCAACGGCCUCGCCAGCGGCCUGCUGUUUGCCGUCGAGGGGCUGCAGGCUCUGCGGGACUUGGUGCGGGCGCCGGGCGGCGCCGCGGCCGCGGUCCUGGCGGCCGCGGCGGCAGGCUUGGGCGGCGUCUUGGUCGCGCUGGGGAGCGUGAUCCCGCAGUACGUCGCCUUCACCAUCUACUGCACGGGACCAGAGGAUACGCUGCGGCCGCCGUGGUGCGAGUACACGGUGCCGAGUAUAUACAGCUACGUUCAAGACGUAUACUGGAACGUCGGCUUCCUCCGGUACUGGACGCCCAACCAGAUCCCGCUCUUCAUCCUCGCCGCGCCCGUCCUGACGCUGCUCAUGGUCUCUGGGUGGCAGGUGCUCCGCGCGCCUGCGUCCGGCGGCAUGCCGGGCAAGCAGGUGGUGGCGGACCACCGUACGCUCGUGCGCGCGCUCGCCGCCAGCCAGGGCAUCGUCGCCCUGCUCGCGCUCACGAGCUACCACGUGCAAGUCAUUUCCCGCCUGGCGUCUGGGUAUGCCGUGUGGUACUGGUGGAUCGCGGCGUGCCUCAUGGAUAAGGCGCGCCUGGGCACGGGCCGGGCCGCCGUCAUGUUCAUGGUCAUGUAUGCUGGGAUACAGGCGGUCCUGUUUGCUACGUUUUUACCACCGGCGUAA